AUGGGGGAACACAUAAUUGACGAGGCUCCAGACGAUUCAUUAACUUUGGGCCAAUUAAAAAAAAUAGUAAAACAGUUGCCAAAUAAGCAAAAGCCAAAAGAAAUUUCUUUUUCCUAUGCUGAUAGUGAUAGUAUUUCAAGAGAAAUUGAUGAGUUCUACAGUUAUGCAGAAAUUUCGCAAUGCCUAGAGAACAAGGAUAUUUUCGAUGAGGGAUUCGGCGAAGCUUGGACUACUUGUACUAUGUCCGAACGCCGAGUUUACAUCGAGUACUUAUUGGAAACUUUAGAACUAAAAGAUCCUGAAAAAAGAUUUUUAUCUGCGAAAAAGUUAUUGUAUAUCGCUCAAGGAACAUUUGGUGAAAUUAUAACACAAGAUCAACACCUUGAAUGGAUCAUGGAAAACAACAAAUUGUUACGAAAAUGUGGGGCUCUCCUCUCAUAUUUCCAAGCUCUGAAAUUAGCGUGUCAUGCACAUGACUUUUAUAGACAAGCAUAUAUCGACGAUAUAAACACUGAAAUUGGAUUCUAUUUGACAUUAUUAUAUAUGCUUGUUGAAACUCAUCGUGGGGAUGAUUCAUUUGGCACAGAGCUUGCUGAACUUAAUCCGCCAAUGGCCGUAUUCCUGUUUGAGAUAAUCGCCUCAUUACGAGAGAAAGAAAAAAAUGCAAAAGGCUAUCCUGUCAAAAAGAUGGAACUGUCUAAACAAAUACAAAAGUUUCUCCUUUUAUUAUGGAAAGUUAUUUUAGCAAGUUUAGGUGGAUUAAAUGAUAUGUUGAGGCUGAAAAAUACUGCUAGAACAAUUAAUGGACUACCAUCUAUGUACAAUGAGGGUUUGUUAACCAAGUCCACACCAUCGGAUUAUUAUACGUUCCAAAAUGAAGCAACGCAAAAGUACCCAACUUAUGUUCCACCUCCCUGUCCAUUUAUUCCAACUUCCCCUAUUGCUGCAAGUUUAUUUCCAAGUGCAAACAACCACACUAAUGGAAAUGAGUCUUCGGGACAAAAUGUAUCUUCCAUUAAUGGCAAUGGAAACAGUAACCAAGCUCCAAAAUCCAGAAAACAACAAUUUCAAACAAAUCAGCGGCAACCAUUUAUUUUUCCAUUUUCUAAAUCUACUCCUAGUGUACCAAAAUCUGUACAAGAAGCUGGUGAUUUAUAUCUUAAAUUUAUGCAUGUAAGUUUAGGUACUUUUCAAUUCUGGAAAGAAAAAAUCGAAAUGAAAAAGCUGCCUACUGGGGAUAUAAUCAAUAGUAUACCUUUCAACGAAAACUGCGUCGCGGAAAAUCAACACAAUAAUAAUGAUGAUGAAUCUCAAAUCGAAAUAACGAAAACAGACAAAGAGAAGAUCGAGCGCAUUGAAAUUCUUUAUAAAUCAAUUCUUCCUCAUCUGCAAAAUAUUGUUAUUAUGCUUCUUAAACUAUUGCUUGCUACAGUGUCUAACAACAAAAACUCUGAUAUUGACAAAGGUGGGACUUCUGCCAAUAAUGAUCACAUUUCUGAAAGCAGUAUUAAUUCUUCGAAUGGCAACACGAUCGAGGAAAUAGACAUCAUGCGACAUCGCGAAAUUACGUCAAAGGCAGUGUCAGCUAUAAUUCUCUUAAUGCUCAAACACUUAAAGUUGUCACAUGUAUUAAAAUUUGAAUAUUUGUCGCAGCUCUUGGUCGAUUCAAAUUGCUUACUUCUCAUCUUGAAGAUGUUUGGUUUGCAAGAUGUGAGUUUAAUGGUCAAAGCUAAGAAUGAAGUCGAAAAUAUGAACAUCAACAAUGAUGAUACAACCGAAAUUGAACAAACUGAUGAUGAUAUGGCUAUCGAUAACCAACAAGAAUGUUCACAAGCAGCAUACGACAUACAUCAGUCUGGUCAAGUUAAUGACCCACAAUCUAAUACAAGUAAUGAAAUUGACGUUGACUCGGAUUAUUGUUGGAGAAAUUUCUUUGCAGCUAUAAAUUUCCUAAAGAUAUUGCAGAAAUUAACUAAAAGGAAGACACAUAGGAUUUUAUUAUUGGUACAAUAUAAAUCAUCAGCUAUCUUGAAAAGAAUUCUAAAGGUGUCUCAUCCAUUAUUGGAAUUAUAUGCUUUGAAAGUAUUAAAAAAUCAAAUUCCAUUUAUAGGAAGAAAAUGGCGACAAAGUAAUAUGAAAGUUAUUACUUCGAUUUAUUUGAGUUGUCGCCCAGAUCUUAGGGAUGAAUGGAUUUCGUCAACUGACGUGGAUUCCGAAAUGGAUGACGCUUUGCCUCAGGAACAAAACCUUCGAACAUUGAUUAAAUUUUAUAAUGAAAGAAACUAUUUUCCUCAAUACGAUCAAAAAAACGACAUGUACUUGGAUGAUAACAACAGAAACCUUCCCGAUAUAUUCCCACCAUGCCAUACAAAAUCUCUCAAUCAUAUUAAUUCCGCUUAUAUUCCUGAUGAUAUCAUGUUAGAUGAUUCAUUCCUUGAAAAUUGGGAACAAUGGCUUCAAGAAGAAGUAUAUAGUUUCUCUGUAGUGAAGCCACACCUGAAAAGUAUUGAUGAAUAUUAUGAUGAUGAUUUUGUCGCUGCUAUUCAAAAUGGAGAUGGAUCAGAGUGGGAUAUACCUCCAACAUCACCAGUUGACGGUAAAGACUCAUUUGCUUCAAUCGAAUGGAAAAACAUUUCAUCUUAUGAACUUAAGGCCUUUGAACAAAGAAUGAAUCAUAGCGGAUUUAAAUUUUAUGAUUUUGACGACAUGGAAACCAACACCGAUUCCGUCACAGAUGCAGACGAUAAGAUCAAUGAGACGACCUACUGUUGGCCUGAUGAAAUGUUAGGUCCCUUGGCACCGAGUGAAGUUACUAUAUAUCAGCCUACCCCGUAUCAGAGUGAGGAUGAAGAUUAA